GACCAGGACGCUCAAUCAGCUGUUCGCUCGCGUUUCCGAGCGAAUGGCAAGCUGUUAGGUGACGUGUUUUGCCGUGCAAGCUGAGCUAUACAAUAAAUAUUUUUAUAAAACACCAUGCAAACAAGACUUGUUUUGGUACUGCUAGCCCUGGCCCCGCUCGUCCUGGCCAAGAAGUUCAAGGAGGAGGACAAACCGGCGUGGGCCAAGAAGGAUAUUCGAGACUACAGCGAGGCGGACCUGGAGCGUCUGCUGGACCAAUGGGAGGAAGAUGAAGAGCCCCUUGAGGAUGAUGAGCUACCUGAGCACCUGCGCCCCCAGCCCAAAUUGGAUCUGAGCAAUCUGGACAGCAAGAGCCCCGAAGACCUUCUCAAGGUAUCCAAAAAGGGACGCACGCUGAUGACCUUCGUUUCGGUGACCGGCAAUCCAACCCGGGAGGAGAGCGACACCAUCACCAAGCUGUGGCAGACCAGUCUCUGGAACAACCACAUCCAGGCGGAGCGCUACAUGGUCGACGAUAACCGCGCCAUCUUCCUCUUCAAGGAUGGCACACAAGCCUGGGACGCCAAGGACUUUCUCAUCGAACAGGAACGCUGCAAGGGCGUAACCAUCGAGAACAAGGAGUACCCGGGUGUCCACGCCAAGAAGGACGAACUGUAGGCCAGUUGCACGACUUCUUAAAAACAUUCUCAAGCUC